CUUCCGGCGCAGCGCUCGUUCGUCCCGGUCGCCUCUCUAUGGCUGUAACCUCCUGAGGAGGGGGGGUGGGAACGGGCCGGGGGUUUGCUUGUAUGUUUUUGUUGUGCUGGAGGGAGAUGGGCCGGGUAUGAGGAGCCGUCGCAUCCCGUACAGAUUAUUUAAUCAGCCAAUAUUUUGAAUAAAAAGGAAAAACAAUGAUGUCAAGGCAGGCCUUCCUCUGCAGUUUGGGAUCUCUGUAUUUGUCCCUUCUGUUUGUAUUUCUUUUGAUGGAUGUUUAUGCAAGGCCUGCAAAUAAUUCGGCCCUCAAAGAGAAGCCAGCUGACAGUAAGGAUGAGAAUGAGAUCUUGCCUCCAGAUCACCUGAAUGGGGUCAAAAUGGAGAUGGAUGGACAUCUCAACAAAGAAUUUCAUCAAGAAGUUUUUCUGGGAAAAGAGAUGGAAGAGUUUGAGGAAGACUCAGAACCCAGGAAAAACAGGAAGAAGCUCAUGGUCAUCUUUUCUAAGGUGGAUAUAGAUAAUGAUAAAAAGAUAAGCGCUAAAGAGAUGCAGCGCUGGAUCAUGGAAAAGACAGAUGAGCAUUUCCAGGAAGCUGUGGAAGAGAAUAAAAUGCAUUUCCGAGCUGUGGACCCUGAUGGUGAUGGUCAUGUUUCCUGGGAUGAAUACAAAAUUAAAUUUUUGGCAAGUAAAGGACUUAAUGAGAAAGAGAUUGCAGAGAAGAUCAAAAACAACGAAGAGCUGAAAAUAGAUGAAGAAACACAAGAAGUGUUGGAUAACCUGAAGGAUCGGUGGUACCAAGCUGACAACCCACCUCCUGAUAUGUUAUUGAACGAAGAAGAGUUCUUAUCCUUCCUUCAUCCAGAGCACAGCAGGGGAAUGCUGAAGUUCAUGGUCAAAGAAAUCAUCCGAGAUUUGGAUCAAGAUGGAGAUAAGAAACUUACCCUUUCAGAGUUCAUUUCAUUACCUGUUGGUACUGUAGAGAACCAGCAAGCCCAAGACAUUGAUGAUGAUUGGGUAAAAGACAGAAAGAAGGAAUUUGAGGAGGUCAUUGAUGCUAACCAUGACGGUAUUGUCACAAUGGAGGAGCUGGAGGAAUAUAUGGAUCCUAUGAAUGAAUACAAUGCUCUAAAUGAGGCGAAGCAAAUGAUAGCAGUCGCAGAUGAAAAUCAAAACCAUCACUUAGAGCUGGAGGAGAUCCUGAAAUACAGCGAAUACUUCACAGGCAGCAAGCUUAUGGACUAUGCACGUAACGUCCAUGAGGAGUUCUGACCUUGCUCGCUUUUCCAGAGCUCUGAAGCACUUUCCUGCUUUUGAAAAACAGAAAAGGAAAAAAAAAAAAACCCAAC